GCAGCAGUGUUACGAAUGAAACCAGACAGCUCUUCGUCACUGCUCAACUCACGCAGCAGACCUCGACAACACCACAGUGGUGGACUGGUGACUCCUGACUGGCCUGCUUUCUCAAGUCACCCCCUGUCAGCCCAGAGUCUGUACAGCUCUCAAGAGGACUACAGGAGUGAAGAAAGUGAAGAGUUUGGGCCUGUUUUUAUCCAGGAGCCAGAUGAUGUUGUUUUUCCUUUGGAUUCUGAUAAAAAGAAAGUGGUGAUGCACUGCGAAGCACGUGGGAAUCCAACCCCCACAUACAGUUGGUACAUCAAUGGGACAGAAGUAGAUGCAGUUGGAGAUUACCGCUACAGCUUCAUCGAUGGAAACUUAAUUAUUACCAAUGCAAGUGAGAUCACUGACUAUGGGAAGUACCAAUGUAGAGCGGAGAACAACUUUGGGACUAUUCUAAGUCGGGAUGCUCAUUUACAGUUUGCAUAUAUUGGUGCAUUCAGUGGGAAGACCAGAGGUGGCGUUUCAGUGCGUGAAGGCCAAGGUGUGGUACUUAUGUGUACCCCUCCUCCUCAUUCUCCAGAGAUAAUCUACAGCUGGGUGUUUAAUGAAUUCCCUUCAUUUGUUGCUGAGGACAGUCGACGCUUCAUCUCCCAAGACACAGGAAACCUGUACAUCUCAAAGGUGCAACGUUCUGACGUUGGAAGUUACAUCUGUCUGGUGAAAAACACAGUGAGAAAUGCAAGGGUCCUGAGCCCUCCAACACCUCUAACGCUGAAAACCGAUGGUAUCAUGGGUGAAUAUGAGCCCAAAAUUGAAGUGCAUUUCCCUACAUCUGUUCUGGCUGCCAAGGGAGUCACUGUCAGACUGGAGUGCUUUGCUCUGGGGAAUCCAGUGCCAACAAUAACAUGGAGGAAGAUAAAUGGAAACAUCCCCAAAAAAGCAAGACUGCGGAAGUCCCAGGCUGUAUUGGAGAUUCCAAACAUCCAGUUGGAGGACUCAGGAACUUAUGAGUGUAAAGCUGAGAAUCCAAGAGGAGGAACUGCUUUCAAAGGACAUCUGCAGGUCUACACCCUCCCUCAGUGGGUCAGAAUGAUUAAUGAUACUCAGAUGGAUAGUGGCGAGAAGCUCCAGUGGGAAUGCAAGGCCACAGGAAGGCCCCGGCCCACCUAUCGCUGGCUUCGUAAUGGUUUGCCCUUGACAUCCCAGGGUCGAGUUGAAAUUGUGAAUGGAGAACUGAGCAUUCACAGAGUGCAGCAGAUGGAUUCAGGAAUGUACCAGUGUGUGGCAGAAAAUAAAUAUGGGGCCAUCUACUCUAAUGCUGAACUCAAGAUUUUAGCAUCAGCACCCAUCUUUGUCCCCAAUCCCAUACGAGUCAUUGCCACACUUGGAAAAGAUGUAUCAUUAGAAUGCAAACCCAGAGCAUCACCUAAACCUCGGAUAACAUGGAAGAGAGGAGACAGAAGGAUACAGCCAAAUAAAAGGAUUAUGUUGUUACGGAACAACACUCUGAGAAUUGUUAACUCCAGCCGAGCGGAUGAGGGGAACUAUGUGUGCCGGGCAGAGAAUCAGUUGGGCUCGGCAGAGAUGACUGCCAUACUGUGGGUAAAAGAGGCCAUGCGUGUGGAUCUUAGCCCGAGCAGAGUGGAGGUGACUGUUGGGGAGAGCGUGGUGCUGAGCUGCAAGGCAACACACGACACGUCGCUGGAUGUGGCUUUCCAGUGGUUCUUCAACCAGAGACCAAUCAACUUCCAGCAAGAUGGCGGACACUUUGAAAACAUCCAAACACAGUCUUCGACGGUGGAUCUUAUGAUCCGGAGCAUUUUGUUAAAGCAUGCUGGGAAAUAUGGGUGCCGGGCCCAGACCAGUGCUGACACUGUAUUUGCAGAGGCUGAACUUCUUGUUAGAGGCCCGCCUGGACCCCCUGGAGUGGUGAUAGUGGAGGAGAUCACAGAUACCACAGCCACCCUUUCCUGGACUCGUGGCCUGGACAACCACAGCCCUAUCAGCACCUAUAAUUUACAGGCCCGCAGCCCAUUUUCAUUAGGCUGGCAAACUGUCAAAACAGACCCAGAACCUGUCACAGGGGACAUGGAGUCAGCCAUGGCUGUGGAGCUCAACCCCUGGGUGGAAUAUGAGUUCAGAGUGGUGGCCAGCAACGCCAUCGGGACUGGAGAUCCAAGUGCUCCUUCAAGAGGCGUUAGGACUAAAGAAGCAGUACCGUCAGUGGCACCAGCAAACGUUAGUGGAGGAAAUGGCCGCAGGCACGAACUGGUCAUCUCUUGGGAGCCUGUGUCCGAGGAGUUCCAAAAUGGUGAGGGCUUUGGGUAUAUCGUUGCAUUUCGUGCCAACGGAACCAGAGGCUGGAAAGAGAAGAUGGUAACUUCAGCUGACUCUACGACAUACAAGUACAGAGAUGAGACCUUCCCUCCCCUUACCCCAUUUGAAGUGAAGGUUGGAGUGUACAACAAUAAAGGGGAUGGGCCUUUCAGCAAAGUUGUCAUCAUCCACUCUGCUGAGGGGGAGCCGAGGGAGGCACCAUCUGAUGUGAAAGCUUACAGCAUUUCUUCAUCGGAAAUAAGGGUCACUUGGAAGCCACCCAACCCUGGCCCCGGAAGACCAAGGGCAUAUGAGGUCAGCUACUGGAAAGACGCAGAGCAGGAAGAGUCUGGGCAAAAACAAAGAACUGUAAGAAACGAAACAUCAAUGGUCUUGACAGGACUAGAGGGCAACAGUCUGUAUCUCAUCACAGUAAAGGGAUUCAACAGCAUUGGCCAGGGUCCUGCCAGCGCUGCUGUCACAGCCAAGACCAGAAAAGCUCCUCCUGCACAGCCUCCAACCAACCUCAUGUGGAUUCAAGAGGGUAAUAACGUGUCUUUAAGCUGGGACCCAGUGAAGGCAAAAGACAAUGAAUCUGAUGUCAUCGGGUACAUGGUGUUACUCAGACAGGAGGGCAGAGGCCACAACCAGGUGACAAGGACCAUUAACCCUUCCACCAUGCUCUCACUGCCAGAGGGAGGCACGUAUAUCAUUGAGGUGCGCGCCCUCAGCGAAGGGGGAGAGGGAGCAGUCAGCUCCCAAGUUCGAGUUGUCACCUCCUCUGGUGUUCGAGCAAAAAGCAACCAGUGCUCAGUGCACUGCCUGCCGCGGAGCCUAACAUGGACAGCACUGCUCCUGGUUCUUCUGGUGCCUUCAGCUUCCUGGUGA